AUGGACGAGAAUUCAGUUUUGAAUUUUCUGCGGGACCAUCCAGAAUUCCUAGAAGACUAUAUCGUUUCUCCAGAAGUCAGUCCUGAUACAUUUGAAAGAUGGUCGAUUCGAAGAGCUAUCAAAUUUAAAAUACCAAAACGUCCGUUCACCGGAACUCCCAUGGCUGGCGGAUGGACGAUAAUUCCAGGAUCCCGACUUAUCUAUGAAACGACGCGUGAUUCUGGAAACUUCCGACAAUCGGGUGAGUGUACUCGAAUUCUCUACGAAAUUACACAAUGCUGUGGCCAAAUAAUGGGAACAAAUGCUGUCGAGUUGAUUGUUCAAAACGACGAAGGAGCAUUUUCUUGCCGGAAGACAGAGGAAGGAGAGCUGAAAUUAAAAAAGGUGAAGAACAGUAAAAAUGCAAGCUAUAUUCAGACGAUUGUAAAUGCUGCAAAUCAAACUAUCGGUGAAAUCCAUUUCUAUAUUCCCCUGGAAUCAUCAGAGAAAUCGAUUGUGAAUGUAGUUUGUACUUGGGCAGCGGCUGCUAACUAUUUUUCAGAGAUCUACAACCAUAAAAGUCAGGCAGGACCAGACUCGCUGGACGUCCAUGAAAACAUUGCAAAACAAAGAAAACUUUCGAAUUUUCUAUUGGAUGUCGCCAGAUCUAUUUUUCAUGAUAUUGUAUCAAUGGAUGCGGUUAUCGUUAAGGUCAUGAACUUUGCCCAAAAAUUGGUCGACGCUGAUCGCGCUUCUCUCUUCCUCGUCGACUCCCGAAAUAGACAGAUUUAUGCGAGAAUCUUUGACGUCGGAACUGGAGAUGAGGAGCAUGUCAGAGUCAAUAGUGAUGGACAGAAAGAGAUUCGAUUCGACAUGUCAAAAGGAAUCGCUGGACACGUGGCAUCCACCGGAGAGGGACUGAAUAUUGAGAAUGCGUACUAUGAUGAGAGAUUCAAUGCAGAUGUGGAUUCGAAAACUGGAUACACAACGAAAACCAUUCUGUGCAUGCCAAUUUUGAUAAGAGGAGUAGUAAUCGGAGUGGUUCAAAUGGUCAAUAAGCACAAUGGAGCAUUCACUCGUCAAGACGAAGACGCUUUCGAAGUAUUCGCAGUUUACUGUGGUUUGGCUCUUCAUCAUGCAAAAUUAUACGAUAAAAUUCGUCGAUCCGAGCAAAAAUAUCGAGUUGCUUUGGAAGUUUUAGCAUAUCACAGUGUUUGUAACUCGGAUGAAGUCAAUAAAUUGAAGAAGAUUGAGUUGAACAAUCGAAUUAUUGAAUUGGAGACAAUAGAUUUCAACGGAAUGCGACUUUCGGAACUCGAAAAACCACUUUACGCUGUCUACAUGUUUAAGACGCUCUUCUCGGAAACUUUGCGAGUGGCCUACCAUAAUUGGGCUCAUGGAUGGUCAGUGGCUCAUGCCAUGUUUGCCACGUUGGUUAAUAGUCCAGAAGCGUUUACAAAGUUGGAGUCCCUGGCUCUCUAUGUCUCCUGUCUCUGCCACGAUUUGGAUCAUCGUGGCAAAAACAACGCCUACAUGAAAUCAAUGGAGACUCCUUUGGCAGCAAUCUACAGUACUUCUGUCAUGGAACGUCAUCACUUCAACCAGACAAUCACUAUUCUUCAACAAGAUGGACAUAAUAUUCUGAAAAACUUGGAUCCGGAAGAGUACAAAGAAACCUUAUCUCUUAUCAAACACUGCAUUCUGGCUACAGACUUGGCACUUUUCUUCUCGAAUAAAGCAAAAUUGAAUGUGAUUUUGGAUAGAGGAGAAUUCGAUUUUAGUAAUCGAGAGCACAGACUCCUAACUCAAGCUGUGAUGAUGACUGGAUGUGAUCUUGUUGCAUCUGCCAAACCAUGGAGUAUUCAGACAGAAACUGUAAAAGUGAUUUUCGAAGAGUUUUAUGAUCAAGGAGACGCAGAGAGAUUGAGUGGAAAGGAACCGAUUGCAAUGAUGGAUCGAAAUCAGGCACAUAUGUUGCCCCAAAUGCAGGUCGGAUUCAUGCGCGGAAUCUGUAUGCCUUGUUACGAUUUGAUUGCUCGAAUUUUCCCGAAAGCUGAUAAGAUGAGAGAACGUUGCGAAUAUAAUGCUAAAAAAUGGGAAGAAUUGGCAGCGGAACAAAAGGCAAAACAAGAAGCGACUGGAAGUAAAAAUGGGGAUAAUGAUAGUUAA